CUUGCUCAUGGCAUAUUCCGUGAUUACAAUAUGCGCCUUGUCAACCACUCCAAGUUCAAAUAUAGACUGGGAAACCUGGAAGACUAUCCAUGGGAAAAAGUACAACAGUAAGAAAACAGAGGCUGUCAGAAAAGGAAUCUGGCUGCAAAAUCUGAAGAAAAUUAAGGAGCAUAACGAACAACAAAAUUCAACGUUUAUGAUGGUCAUGAAUAGUUUUGGUGAUUUGACACUAAAAGAAUUUGCUGAAUUAUUCAACACGUAUGAGAGGAAAGCUGUGCCAGUGAAUAACCAGACACGAGAGCCAAUGAAGGCUCGACACUUUUACCGUAUUCCAGAGAGUGUGGAUUGGCGCACAGCUGGCUAUGUUACCCCACCAAAGAACCAGGGUCAGUGCCAUAGUUGCUGGGCAUUCAGUGCCACUGGGGUGCUGGAGGGACAAUUGUUUAAGAAGACAGGCAAACUCAUCACCUUGAGUGAACAGAACCUCAUUGACUGUUCAAGGAGUCAUGGAGCUUUUGGAUGCAAUGGAGGCUGGUCUUUGAAUGCCUUUGAAUACGUAUAUGAGAAUGGAGGAAUUGAAGCUGAGUCCACCUAUGCCUACACUGCAAAGGAAGGCAAAUCUUGCAAAUACAACACUUCUAAGAGUGUGGUUUCUGUAUCGAGCUAUAAAACCCUUCCAUAUGGAGAUGAAGAAGCUUUGACCAGAGCAGUGGCUGAAAUUGGACCCAUAGCUGUGGUGAUUGAUGCAGGACUGGAAUCUUGGCGGUUUUACAGCUCAGGAGUUUAUUAUGAUCCCAGAUGCAGCACUAACACCUUUAACCAUGCUGUACUUGUGGUGGGAUAUGGCAUUCAAUCAGGAAUGAAGUACUAUAUUGUUAAAAACAGCUGGGGACAACACUGGGGCCAGUCUGGCUACAUCCUGAUGGCCAGGGGGAGGAACAACAACUGUGGAAUUGCAGGUUUCCCCAUUUAUGCUCUUGUCUAAGAAGUUAGGCUUCAGAAAGUCCAAGUGCAACUUCAAUAUCAGGCCAUCCUUUCAGAAUUAGUAAGACAGUGAUGCUGUUUAGCAAUGUUAGCAUCAGUCUGUAAGAGAUCCUUCCAGUUAACCCCAGAUCUCAUUCUCCACCUUCUCCCCAAUUUAAGAGUUCAGUACCUCUGACUGGUAUGCACUACCUACUGUGUAAAAGGCUUCAUUUGGAGGUUUUAGUGUGGAGGACCCUGUGUUUCUUUAUCCAACCCCUGGAUUACAUUUUUCAACUCCUGUACUCCUUUAUCCAAUGCAGUAUUCAAUAUAUGCCCAACCCUUAA